AUGACUUUCACUUUGCAGUACCUUAACAACUGCACUAUUGAAGAGUUUCUAUCUCAGUUCCGGAGGAGUGAUGAGGCAACAAUAACUUUCAGACUUCAUGGCGAUCAGGAUCUUGAGAUGGCUUCAAAAUGGAUUCAAAAAGACUUGAAGGACUUGCAAAAGGAUCCACGUGCUUCUUGUAGUGUUGCUACCACAUGCAAUAAAUCAUGGGUCCACCAAUACUUCACCCAAACAGCCAAACCAUCCCAUUUGUGCCUAACAUCACACCAGGUGGACGACAAAAGGUGUUGUGUGGAUUAAAAGUAGUCUGACCAUUUUAUCCUUCUGUGUGGAAAAUGGAUGCAAACACACUCUUAAAGUAGGUAGUUCAGCAACUGGACUGGGCCUACAAUGUCGUUGAACAUUGGAUACAUUUUUUUGUGAAGACUUUUGUAUAUGGGAAUGGACUGUUUCCUUGAUGUAAUCACAUCAAGAACAAGAUCAGGCUGCAGUGAGUUAUGGGAAUGGACCUGUUCUUUCCCUUGAAUGGGAAUCACAUCAGAAAAUGUCGCCCAACGCUUCAAAGUAAGAAGACAAUCAGGCUGCAGUGAGUUAUGUUUAAACCCUUUUUAUUACAAAUCAUGAAUUUGUUUAACUUAAUAAUUAGAAAGUACUAUAGAGUAAUAAAAUAAAUAGUUAUAGUUCAAAGG